AUGCAACGACGGCGUUCCAUUUCUUCGAAGAACAGCGUGGAGAAAUUAUGUAUCGCACCUGCCGACUGCUCCCACGCCGUUGCGACAAUGACGUUCAGGUCAGGCAAGCACGACCGCUCCAAUUCUCGCAAGAAUGUGCACCACGAAAGCUCGCCAUCAACGAUGGUCAUGGCCGACACAGACAGUCUCGCACGACUGAUGCAGUCGCUUCCGCAAGAAAUCUUCGACAAGAUCUACCGACAAGUGUUCGACUUGCCUCGUUGGACCGGUCUGAAGGAAGCGGCUGAAAUCCCCUUCACUCUAUUGCACGUCGACUAUUCGAGCCGCGAGGAAGUGGCCGCGGCUUUCUACAGUACUGCAUCUAUCAUCCAUUAUCUCGGCACGCAUAAAUCCUAUCUCGACUUCAUACCUCGUCACCACCGAUUCCUGGUUCCCGAGGUGUUUUGCGCUUACAACCACUUCAAUUGCACCAAGUAUGAUAUAGACCAUCGGAGCAUGAGCCCUGCUUAUAUGCCGCACGGAGCGAUUAUGAGUUCGUGGCUGCCUUCCAUCAUUCCAUGCCCUCCAAGCAUAGCUGACGGAUUUGCGCAGUUGAAAUGCUAUUAUGCGGACUCGAAGACUUGCAAUUUGGUUGAGGGAGCGACAGCGGCUGGCGGCUUUGUUGGAGCAGGAAAGCGACUUGGAUUGAUGGCUACUCUCGAUGACUCCGGUCGAUGCGCUCAGUCAAGAGACUGGGGCCGUGGAAUUGAAGCGACUGAAUGGGAUCUCUCACUGCACUGCACUGCACUGCUAGUCAGGACACCUUUCUCACCUCACGGCACAUCAAGCGAGAUUGGACGAGUCGUGGAGUCAGGCAGGGUCGCAAAGCUUGACUACUGGAUUAGUACUGCAGUACUGCUUCGCAAUCGAUAUCUGGAAGAGUCAAUCAUCCGGCCAAAAGCUCAGAUCAAGGGGCGCCAGAUGUCACCAGAAAGGCAAUGUUAUGGGUAUGCCCUUGGUCAGACUACGGGUGCAAGUCAGAACUCAGGAGCUGUGUUACUCACUUUAAUUGUGGUCCUGUACAAAGUCUUUCACAUGUCACUGUUGCAGAAUUUGUGCUUCUCUCGCGUUUCCACCACCUCUUCGCAACUAACAUAA